AUGAUGGCUCGAAGCGGAGGCGAUGCUUUAAAAGCUUCAGCUUCCUGUGGUAUUAGAUUACAGGGAGGUUCCGACCCAGUUUCUCUGUCCAGUGGUGCUUCACAUGAAAAAGAUAUUUUUUCGAAGCGUAGGGUGGAUAAGUUUGAAACAAGUGAUCUAGACUGGACUGAGAAAAUUCCUGAGUGUCCUGUAUACUAUCCAGCAAAGGAGGAGUUUGAGGAUCCUUUGGUUUAUUUACAGAAGAUAGCUCCAGAAGCUUCAAAAUAUGGUAUAUGCAAGAUUAUAUCCCCUUUGAGUGCUUCUACUCCAGCUGGGGUUGUAUUGAUGAGGGAGAAAGCAGGUUUCAAGUUCACAACUAGGGUACAGCCUCUUCGUCUUGCUGAGUGGGACAAUGAUGACAAGGUCACAUUUUUCAUGAGCGGAAGAAAUUAUACAUUCCGUGAUUUCGAGAAAAUGGCAAACAAAGUUUUUGCUCGUCGAUAUUGUAGUUCUGGUUCUCUUCCUGCCACAUACUUGGAAAAAGAAUUUUGGCAAGAAAUUGCUUGUGGAAAGACAGAAACUGUUGAAUAUGCAUGUGAUGUAGAGGGCAGUGCCUUUUCCUCUUCUUGCAGUGAUCCGCUUGGAAGUAGCAAAUGGAAUUUAAAGAAUCUUUCAAGGUUACCCAAUUCCAUUUUGCGUCUUCUGGAAACUGCAAUUCCGGGUGUAACUGAUCCCAUGCUAUACAUUGGAAUGAUAUUUAGUAUGUUUGCUUGGCACGUGGAGGAUCAUUAUUUGUACAGUAUUAAUUAUCAUCAUUGUGGUGCAUCCAAAACCUGGUAUGGAAUUCCUGGUCAAGCUGCCCUUCAAUUUGAAAGGGUAGUCAAGGAGCAUGUGUACACGCAUGAUAUCAUAUCAACUGAUGGCGAGGAUGGAGCUUUUGAUGUAUUAUUGGGGAAAACAACUUUGUUUCCUCCAAAUAUUUUGUUGGAACAUGAUGUCCCUGUCUACAAGGCUGUGCAAAAGCCAGGAGAGUUUGUCGUUACUUUCCCAAGAGCAUACCAUGCUGGAUUCAGUCAUGGUUUCAACUGUGGUGAGGCAGUCAACUUUGCAAUUGGUGAUUGGUUCCCUUUAGGUGCUAUUGCUAGCCGUCGUUAUGCGCUUCUUAACAGGAUGCCCCUGCUUCCUCACGAAGAACUUCUGUGUAAAGAAGCCAUGCUUCUGUACACAAGUUUAGAACUUGAAGAUUCUGAAUAUUCAUCUGCUGAUUUGGUCUCCCAUCAAUGCAUUAAGACUUCUUUUGUUAGAUUGAUGCGCUUUCAGCAUCGUGCUCGUUGGUCUUUAAUGAAGUCAGGUGCAUGCACUGGUGUUUUACCAAACUCCUACGGAACCAUUCUCUGCAGCCUGUGCAAGCGCGAUUGCUAUGUAGCUUACAUUAAUUGCAACUGUUACAUGCAUCCUGUGUGCCUUCGACAUGAGGCAAAGUCUCUUGACUUCUCAUGUGGAAGCAACCCUAUUCUCUUUUUAAGAGAGGAAAUAACAGAACUGGAAGCUGCAGCCAGAAAGUUUGAAAUGGAAGAUGGUAUGUUAGAGGAGAUAAAAGGGCUUGGUGAAAAUGGCGAUGACUAUUAUUCGUAUCCAUUAAUCUCGUCUCAGAGCACAGAAGAGAAAGGAUACUCUCGUUAUUGUGAGAUAAAAUUUGAGUUGAAUCCUAAACUUACUGGCACAACUCAUUAUCGGUCACAAGAGCCAGAACCUGGUUCUCAUGGUCAGCCCAUGUUGAGUUGCGGUGCAAAAUGUUCAAGUCCUGCAGUGUCAGAUGCUUCCCUUUCAUGUGCGGCAUCAACUCUUUGUUCUCUUUUAGAGCCUCGUGAGAGCUUAUCAGCACCCAAUAAUGUACAGGGAAAUGCUAACACUAACACAGGAGCUCUAAAUUCUAAAAGGCUUUCUGAAGAAUUAGCGCGCAGUACAUAUGAGUCUUCUCAGUCCUCUCCAUCAUACAAUGAAUGUUCUAGUGCGCGCCCAAGAAAUUGUAAUGGAUCAGAGGUUAGGCCUGUUGUGGAUCAAGGCAGUGAUGAUUCUGAUUCUGAGAUCUUUAGGGUUAAGCGCCGCUCAUCAUUGAAGGUGGACAAAAGAAGUGUAAAUGAUACCUCGUCAUCAAAGCAUUCUGAGAACCAGGGUUUUAAGCGACUGAAGAAACUGCAAGCUGAAAGAAGAUGCGGGCCAUCGGUCCCACAGUAUUCUUGCAGCACUGGUGAAUCAACUAAGUUUCUUACAACUAGUAAUUACAAAGGAGUUUCUGAGAGUGCUCCUAUGGAGGGCAGGUUUUCCAGAGGAAGUACCGUCGUCCCUAGAGGAAGUACAAUUCCCAUCUCUAUCAAGUUUAAGAAGUUGGCCAAUGAAGAAUCGGUCAGUAGACAGCGAGAACACCACAGAAAGGAUAGAUACCACCAGCUUGAGUCGGGAAAGAGACGGAGGGGACCACCGCCAAUAGAGAUUGGUCCGAAGCGCCUUAAAGUCAAAGGCCCGUCAUUCCUAGGGUCAGAGAGCAGCAGCAGGUUAAGUUAA